AUGGCGGUCAGUGGCUCUUCCUCUCUCUCCAGCUGCCCUGCUCACACCCCCUGCAGUCCCGGUCCUCCUCAGCUCUUCGCUCCUUCUCCCGCUCAUGUCGCGCGACUCGGUCAGUCUCUACCUCCCAGCUGUUAUGUCUCCGUACUCACUAGAUCCCACAGCAGCCCCCGUGCGUUGGCAAACGCGUCGCGCUAUGCGUCCACCGAGGCCGCCGCUGCGUCGUCCUCCGCGCCCGCACCCCCGCUGUCAACGGACCCCAAGCUGAACAAAAUCGUCGAUGACAUCUCCGGCCUCACCCUGCUCCAGGCCGCGGACCUCGUUACGUUGCUCAAGUCCAGACUGAACAUCCAGGAGAUUGCCAUGCCCUCCGCCGCGCCAGCAGCGGCUCCGGCUGCGUCAGAGGAGGCUGAGGUAGUACGUUACGCAGAGAAGCCCAAGGAGAAGACCGUCUUCAACGUGAAGCUCGACGCCUUCGAGGCGACCGCGAAGCCCAAGAUCAUCCGCGAGGUCAAGGCGAUGGUCCCGAACCUGACUCUCAUCGAAGCGAAGAAGUUCGUGGAGUCGCUACCGAAGGUGCUCAAGGAGGGCCUCUCGAAGGAGGACGCCGAGAAGCUCAAAAAGACGUUCACGGACCUCGGCGCGACCGUCACGCUCGAGUGA